AUGUCAAAACGGGUGACGCUUUUUGAACCUCCGCUGCUGGACUCGUCCAAGGCGCAGAUCGAGAACGUGCUGGAGCUAACGCCGGUGGUUGACAUUGGGCCUGAUGUUUUCACCAACACCCGUCCCCUCUGGCAUCCUCCAGGAGCCCGAGGAAUUUACGGCGGUGCCGCAAUCGCGCAGUGUCUUGCUGCCGCGAUGCGGACCGUCCCCGCCGACUUCGCAGUCCACAGCAUGCACUGCUACUUUGUCCUCGCCGGAGACUCUGAAAUCCCUAUCUUAUACCACGUUGAACGAGUGCGCGAUGGGCGAAGCUUUAUUACACGAACGGUCCAGGCAAGGCAGCGCGGCCGGCCCAUCUUCACAACCACCCUGAGUUUCAGUAAAGCAAAUACCGGAGGGAAAAAGAAGCUCCAACACGCUUCGUCAAUGCCUCCGGUUCCCCUCCCGGCGCCGCCGAAGCCUAGCGAGACACGAUUCAACCCGAACGGCGGUGGGCCGUUUGAAUCAGCCCGUGACGAAAUAAUUAAUCGCGACUCCAAACCCGAAGACAAAAGGAUCAGACGCUGGGUGCGAUGUAAGGGAAAGAUCUCGGACGCCGGAGCCCAGCAUGCCCACCUGUCAGCUCUCGCAUACAUUACGGAUAGCUUCUUCAUUGGCACCGUCUCCCGGGUACACAACAUCCCGCGAUUCUCGUCCGCAGCAGAGCUGCAGAGGGCGUUGAAGGCUCUGAAGAAUCCAUCCGAUCUCGACGAUGAGGAUAUUGUACGAGCCCUGAAAGAGCUGAAGGAGGAAGAGGCGGCAGAUUUACAGCGCCGGCUGGAGGGCGCUUUAAGUAAGCUCGAAGACCGCAAAAAGAAAGAAGACCACAAGGAGAUCGGGAUGAUGGUCAGCCUGGACCAUACCAUCUACUUCCAUAAUCCUUGGAAGUUCCGGGCGGACGAAUGGAUGCUAACGGAGAUGGAGAGCCCCUGGGCUGGUGAGGGGAGGGGUCUUGUCCUGCAGAAGAUUUGGGCUAAGGACGGGACCUUGAUCGCCACAUGCACCCAAGAGGGAGUCGUAAGGCUCAAACAGGACGAGCCGAUUCGCGCGAAGAUCUAG